AUGCCCCAGGAGCGCCACUGCGUACGUCACUGGAGCAAGUCGCCAACGCCGCUAGCUAUCCAUAUCGUGGAAGCUGGUAAGACACCUGGGUCUAAUGGCUUUGAUUCGAAUGCUGUCCCCGAGGACCGUUUCCAUCCCGUAAACAGUUGGAAAAACAGCUCAGUGAUCAACAGAGAUCAACACGAUAUGUGGAAUGUUGUCAACACGCAUGUGAUGAGUGAACUAUUUCCAUCGAAAAUUGAUUGA